AGAAGACGCAAAAAUGUCAGAGAGGAGAGGUCAGAAGAAGUCCAUUUUUCUGUCCUCAUUAUUAGUGUGUUGCAUGUUUGCCAGUGCGGAGUAUUCCAGCUGUGGAGAGUACGAGUUCUUCAACCAGACCAGUAACAGCUGCCAAGCCUGUCCUCAGUGCCAGCCAGGACAAGAGCCACAUAUGACCUGUGGCUACGGUGUGAGGGACGAGGACUUCGCCUGUGUGCCGUGUCCGCAGGGCAAAUAUUCCAAGGGGAAGUACGAGAUCUGCAGACGCCAUAAAGACUGCGAUGCCUUCUACAAAGCCACAGUGCGUGUGGCAGGAACCCCGGACAGCGAUGCUGAGUGUGGGCCAUGUUUACCGGGGUAUUACAUGCUGGAGAACAGGCCCAGAAACCUCUACGGGAUGGUGUGCCACUCCUGCCAGAACGCGCCGCGCAACACCAAAGAAUGUACGCAAAGCAGCAGACCAAGAGAAAAACCCGUCAUCGACCCUGGCAGCACCACUGUGUUCCCUCAUCCUGAUAAAGGUUCCAACGGACAGGGUCACCUCGCGACGGCUCUCAUUAUCGCCAUGUCAACCAUAUUCAUCAUGGCCAUCGCCAUCGUUCUCAUAAUCAUGUUUUACAUCCUGAAGGCCAAACCCAGUGGUCAGGCAUGUUGUACCGGACAAGUUGUGAAGGCAGUGGAGGCUCAGACCAACAAACAGGAAGAAAAGAAAGAGGUCCCAGAUAAUGUGGUGAUCUACUCGGAAAAAGACGAAUUUGACAAACUCAAAGCUCCUCCUCAGAAGACGGUGAAAAGUGAAAACGAUGCGUCAUCAGAGAACGAGCAGCUGUUGAGCCGCAGCAUUGACAGCGAUGAGGAGCCUGCGUCCGACAAACAGGGAUCCGCCGACACCAACAACCUGAGCCCCAACCGGUGCCUCCUCAACCUGGGCAACAAGCCCGACCUCUGCCUGCUCUCCCUGGGGCUUCUGGAGAGCGACCAUGCCUGCAACGGGACCCCCACCUCCCCAGCUGGCCAUGCCAACAACAUCCCAAGUCCCAACCACAUCGGCAAUGUCAACCACAUCUCCAGCACUAACCACAUCAGCAACAUGAACGCAAUCAAUAACAACAAUAAAACCCCAGGGAUGCUUCAGAGUCGAAGGAAAAAGAUCCUGGAUCUAUACGCCAGAGCCUGCAAUGUUACAGAGGGCCUGAGCCCCACAGAGCUCCCCUUCGACUGUCUGGAGAAGACCAGCCGCAUGCUGAGCUCCUCCUACAGCAGCGAAGCGGCCGUGGUGAAGACAUGGAGGCACCUGGCCGAGAGCUUUGGCCUGAAGCGCGACGAGAUCGGCGGCAUGAGCGACGGCCUGCAGCUCUUCGAGAGGGUGAGCACGGCGGGCUACAGCAUCCCCGACCUCCUCACCCGCCUAGUGCAGAUCGAGAGGCUGGACGCCGUGGAGUCGCUCUGCUCGGACGUGCUGGGCAGCGGUGAGAUGGCAGCAGUGGCCGGGCGACAAGGCAUCAACAGUUUCCACAGCCAGCUGGUCUGUCAGCCCCCGUACCUGUCUCCCUCCCAACGCUGUGCCAGUGUCUAGAUGCGGUGGAGCGGAGACUUCAGAGACUUGGGUGCCCUACAGUAUACGUUGAUGUAGGGACCGGUUACUGCUCGGACUAGGAGGACGGCACAUAUACAGUACACAUAUUACACCCAUCACAUGAAGAAUGUCAGUGGACCUUUCGCAGGCACAAUCCUCUUUGCCCACCGUGGUUAUUCUCUGUCAAGAAGCUAGCAAUGUGAAAUAGUUUGUAUCAUUCCAAAGUUCCACAGAUUUCGAGAAAGACGAAAAUAAAAGAUUGCUCAUUUCAGACAUUUUCUCCUCUGCGAGAACAAAACACUAUCAAUCAAUUUCGAUUCUUGCCUUUCUCAAAUUCUAAGGAAUGUGAACAAAAAAAUAGCUGGUUUAACUUUGCGCUGGAUCUAACGCAGUAAGAUUUUUUCUUUUUAAAAACACUGACAAUAUUAAGUAAGCAGUUCCAGCCCCAAAAAUGGAAUAAAAAGAUACAAUGGUGUGCAGCGGUGCCAACCAACCCCUUAGCUGUCCUCUCAGCGAACCUCCUGCUGACACAGCUGAGGGCUGUGUGUCCGUGAAUGGGAAGCGACCUGGUCUGACCGCAGCGUCAGUGAGCAUCCAUGAAUGCGCCUCUUGGCUGUGCUGUCAUCAUAUGGGAAAGACGGGCCGAUACGAGCCCACCGCUCAGAAUGCAAACAUAAUGCCCAGCUGGGAACGCCAAAACAUCGUUCAGCUCAACUCUCAUCUGGUGAACUACAGUAUGCUCGUGAACUUUGGGCGUUUAGGGACACGCCCGUGUCUCUCACUGAACUCUACCCCUCACCAGCACAGACGCAACUAUAGUCCGGAGUAGAUUAUGGUGGAUUCAUCCCAAAGAAUGAUCUGUUCAUUAAAUGCUUAGAACUGCAUAGCAUGUGUCUGCUGCCUGUGCUCCGUUUUAACACAGUAUAUAAAUCAACGCACAGAACCAGCACGCUCUGCUGCUAUAACUACUUCCUCAGCAGUGAUUUCAGUCUGUCACCCACCCCCACACCCCCUAAUAAUUCUUCCCCUCUCUCCCCUUUCACCCCAGUGCUGUGGUCUAGCGCUGCCGCCAGUCCUAAUUAUUUGCCGUGUGGCUUGCCGGGCCCCUAAUAGGCUGAAGUGUUGUGGUUUACAGAGCGGGUGCAAAGUGCCCGUGAUUUCCAUCACCCAAUUAAGCAUUUAGGGCCACUUAACCGCUGAAAGCCCAGUGGAAAAGCUGUAAAAAACCCUGCAUUAAAAAAAAAAUGGAGAUGCCACAGCGCAGGCAUGACUAACUGCCCCCGGGUUUUCUGUGCUGCGAAACGGUGCAAGAAUGCAGCCGGUUGGCGGUGGAGGGAGGCAGCGCUACGGUUGUCCUACAGCGUCUGAUCUUGCUCAGCUUUUGUGGUCGGCUCAGUCAUGCUCCGACAGGAUUUAAGCUCUCCUCCACCCUAUGGGACCAAUAUAGCAAACGAGAACAAUAUGCAGUUGUGUGGGUUGUCCACUUCUGAUAGAAGCCAGUUUACUGUUUGUAUGUACGGAGGCUGCGGGUGGCUCCGAUCAGCAUCAGGUUAAACUUUGUGAAGAGCAUCACAUUUUAUGCUCAUCUAAGCUUCAUCAACAACAGAUAAUAAUAAUAUUAAAUAGAUACGAUGCUGGUCAAUGUCCUGCUCUCUGUUUUUCGUUCGGCUACAAAAUUUUACUCAAACAAGCAAUGCCAAGACUUGUUUUGGUCUCAUUUCUUGGGAAUAUGACUGAGCUUUAUCUGAUGGCUGAUGUUGUCAGCAUAAUGUCCUGUGACUGGUCUGCACAGAAUCAAAUCACCUGCUGCCAAGUUCUUUUUAUACUGCUUUUUUUUCAUAUUUUAUAUUGCAAACUCUGGGGCUGGACCCUAGUACUUUGAAUUAGGGCACAUGUCUGACCUCUUGUCAAGGCAAAUAAAAUAAAUCCCAUUAAAUAUAACUGCUCUCUUAGAGCAGGGUUGUCUACAUCAGAUCCAGUUCAAUUCAAAACAGGUUUAACUAGUUAUUUUUAUCAUGAUUUAUGCUGUUGAACUUUUGUAAAUAAUCUAAUUGCUGGACUAAAUUGAAAUGAAACGGAUCCAAGCCCUGUUUUCAGGCAUGCAAACCCUUGUCUGACACACGGUAUACUAUGCUGAUAGGAUGAUAUACAGAAACCAAACACGGAUUACUUACCUCAGUAGCACAUACGUUAUAGUAGAACAUGUAGAAACACACACACACACAAAGUCAUCACAGAACCAAAGUAUAACUGUAUAUAUAACUUAUUAUUGUACAUAAUGUAUACUUUAAUAAAGAUGUAAUGCAACAAUG